UAAGUAGUAUAAGGAAGUAUAUAAUAGGUAAUCGACAAGAAAAAUCGACAGCAAGUCAGGGCUCUGAAAGUGAAACACAAAUAGGGCCAUAGGAGGGACUUGACACACAAAGCUGGCAUUGAGAAGUCGCGCACAUGUUUGCUAUUUGAAAGUUUUGACUGCUCAUUCAGCAAACGCUGAGCAACGUUCUCCGCCAUGGCCCAGUCUACUCCGGCGCCGGGGAACCCAGACGUUAUCAAGUACUGGGCCGGCCUGUAUGGACAGACAAAGCACUCAGACUGCAUGGUGGUGUUCAUGCUAGAUAGGUCGCCACUGGGAGGUCAGGCUGCCGAACCCGGCACGUCGGAAGCAGGCCAGUCUGGGCCCGGCCAGCCUGCCGACCGCAGUGUCGCGAUUGGGGAGCCCCUGCCGGCGCACUCUUGGAUGCUUUGCCCCGCCUGUGGCAAAUGGGAUCAGCAGUGGGAGACAUGGACUCCCCGUCCGGACAGCGACGGGCCCGCCAGCAAGCGGAGGAAGGUAUCCGCAGGGCAGGCAGUCGCUGUGAACAACACCGUAGCUGGUGAGGCCGGCGCAGCGGCAUCGGCAGCAGCGGCGGCCCCACACGUCCCGGAGAUCCGGGUCGCGGUGCGCAGCGAGGAGGAUGUGCCGGCCGCGCUGGCGGUGGUGAAGUUCGCCUACACGGGUCAGGUGGAGGCGGGCAGCAUCACAGAGGCGCUGCAGGUGCGGCAGCAGGCCGACUACCUGCGGAUGCCGCGGUGCAUGGAGGCGUGCCUGGAGCGGGUGCGGGAGAAGCUCACGGACGCAGCGGGUGCAGUAGGCGGCGGCAGCUCUGCUGCAGGCGGCGAUGGUGGCGGCGGCAGCAACGAGAGCAGCUCGGACAUUGAUGCGGUGCUUGAGCUGUACAGCUGCGCACCGCUGUGGCCGGAACCGGCCAAUGACCCCACCUACGCUGCCUUCGCGGCGCUGCUGACGGAGGCCAAGCGGCGGCUGGUGGCGCACUUCGGGGACGCGCAGGCGGUGCUGAACAAGGACCAGCUCUAUAAGCAGAUGCGGGCGCUGCCGGCCGUGGGCCUGGAGGCUUUGCUGGAGAGCGAUGACUUCGGCACCGACAGCGAGAGCAGCGUGGUGCUGGUGCUGGCGGAGUGGAUGAAACAGAAUUACCGCAUCACGGACGCGGUCACGCGGCGGCGGCUGUGUGGGCUGCUGCGGCUGGUGCAGUGCAGCCGUGCCUACCUGGACUGGGUCCUGCCCGCACUGGCGCUCGACCACCUGCUGCACCCGGAGCGCCGGGCCGGCUGGUUCUCCAUCACGCAUGAGCAGGCGUUGUGGCUGUCGAAGUAUGUGGGUGCGUCGGAGGCGUUUAAGGCGGCGCUGUGGGAGCAGCGCACAGCGGGCGGGGGUUUACCGGAUGGCUGGCUCAACGACAAGCCGCGGCGCCAGUCCGUGCCGCCGGCGGGUCUCACGUUCACCUUCAGCGUCAGUCAAAAGAAUAUUCUUGACAAGCUCGCUAACUUAAGGGAGCGGCAGCUUGGCCGUAUGGACCUGGACAUCAGUGAUAGUUCGGCUGGGAGCAUCUGGGCGAUGGGGCUGCAGUGGUUUCUCGAACUACAGUACAGGCAAGGCCAUUCUGAUGCGUCCAUAUUCCUUAUGGUGCAUGUGCCGGCCGCAUUCAAGGUGCAGUCCGGCACUGUGUUGCGCCUGAACGACCUGCACCGCCCCACGGAGAUGCUGCGGGCGGAUCUGCACCUGCACAAGUGGCGUGCAGACGGGCGGCGGCAGAAGAAUGUGCGCGCCGGCAGGUUCGUGACCAGUGAGGUGUCUGGUCUUAAUACCGGGUUGGGCGUUGAAAUUGAUCUGUCCGGGUCUCCGGCACUACCUGCACAACCGGCGCCGGUGCAGCAGCAGGCAGGGGGACAGCAAGAGGUGCAGGAGCAGGUGGAUUUGCUGCAGCAGCAGGAGCAGCUGCAGCAGCGGCAGGCGCGGGAGGCGGCGGUGGCGGCCCAAUGGGCUGAGUAUCUCAAGGACGGCGAGCUCACGGGCAAGGUCGUGGUGCUGCCGCCCUUAUCAAGAGGACGUGCUUCACUAGCGACAUAGGGACUUGAGCGAGGCCGCUGUACGGGUUGGCCAACGCAGCCGUACAACUGGCAUUCGGUGUGGGUGGAUAGAUCCCUCAUCACAAACCCAUAAGCAUUUUAACGUGUGUCUGACCAGUCAUUGUGUGCCCGUGGUCAGUGGACAGUGUCGCCGAGUGAUGUGAGGGUGUUAGCAAGUAGAAGCUAGCCGCCGCGUAUUGGUGUCAGUGGCGACGGUGUUGCUGGAUGAAGGACAUUUCUGCAUCUGCGUGUUAAGGCGCAGCAGGCGCAAAGGAGCACCACGGCAGUUGCGGGCCCUGUGGCUGUUGCCUGCGGAAGUACACUAGUGUGAUGGGCCAGGCGAAGUGGGCAGCAAUGCGGGCGUGCGGCAAGCAGGGCCAUACCCAGCAAAUGCCCCUGGGUACACAGCAGCAGUGCAACUGAGAGAUGAGCUGGUCCCGUUGCGGGCGUCAGAGCUGCUCGCGGGCGGCGUACCGCUCUGGGGGUUUCGCUGGCGCGCUGGUUGUUUGGCUUGCUGUGUGGGCACUCCUAAACAGGUGAUUUGCACUUGCUGCAGACUUGAUGCCUAUCGAUUCCUUAGCCCCUCCCCUGGUCCGCCUCCACUGUCCCAUCACACACCCUCCCCUGGUCCGCCUCCCCCCUCCCCUGGCCCUGCAUGCUUUUCUUCGAGUUUGGCACACAAUUUUCUAUGGGGGCCGCGUCCCCCCCGUCAAUUUUGAUUAUCGAGCGGCAGCAGGUUCAAAAGGAUGCGCGGGGCGAAGACACAAGUUUGGUGCACACAAGCGAGGUGUAGGCAUGCCUGCCGGAAGGGUCCGUGACCAUUACACUGCCAUGGCCAUGCCAAUGGCGUGGUUUUGUUGUCAAGAUUGAAGAGUGGCGA